AUCACAUUUUAUUCUGUAGUUCAACAUAAAUUAUUAGACUGAGAAAAACUUCGAAUUAUUUAUUAAGUUCAUUAUCCAAUGUAAAAUUAAGUUUUUUAUUUAGGAGUUUUUUUUUUUUUAAUCUCGUACAAUGAUUCAGUGUCAUAGAAUGCUAUUCACUUUUAUGAAGACUUAUGUCUUCCUAAAGUAAUUAUAUUAAUUAAUUCAGUUAUACUAUUAAAUGUCCAAUUAUUACCUUGAAUCGUGUUUCAUAAAUGAGUUAGUUGUUUCUUAUAUUGAUACGCAGGAAUAUAGCUUGUGUGAUCAUGUUUCCUAACAAGGAUGAGUCUUAUUCAAAAAUAAAUUCUAGAAUUCGUUUACGGACAAAAUUGAAUAAAAAUCAAGAUUUGUUACCAAAAAAUUUAAAAGAUAUUCAGCUUAAACAAUGGGAUAACUCUAAAAAUCUUAGAGAAACACAAGCAAGUCCAUGUCAUUUUCUUUUAGGAAUUGCUUUUUCAGUUUUUGUAUAUAUUCUACUAAUAGUAUUAGAAAAAAAAUUACCAGAACCUAUAACUAUAAUUAAUGAGCAUAAUCAUACUGGACGUUUUGUUGCUGAAAGAGCUAGAAAUUACUUAAUUGAUUUGACUUCUAUGGGACCUAGACCAGUUGGUAGUGAAGCAAAUGAAAUACAUGCUGUACAAAUGUUACUUAGUGAAAUAAAAAAUAUUGCUAAUCAAGCUAAUCCAAUGAAAAAAAUAGAAUGGGAUCUACAAAGAGUUAGUGGAUCUUUUUCCUUGGAAUUUCUUGAUGGCAUGACAAAUGUAUAUAAAAAUGUUCAAAAUGUAGUAGUGAGAAUUGGUCCAGUUAAUACUUCUCGCCAUAGUUUACUCAUUAAUUGUCAUUUUGAUUCAGUUUUAGAUAGUCCAGGUGCAAGUGAUGAUGGAGCUAGCUGUGCUAUUAUGUUAGAACUUUUACGUGUUUUAUCGCGUCUUAAUGAACCAUUAAUGAAUAAUAUAAUUUUUCUUUUCAAUGGUGCUGAAGAAAAUAUGAUGCAAGCCUCACAUGGUUUUAUCACCCAACAUAAAUGGGCUUCUAGUAUUAGAGCAUUUAUCAAUAUGGAAGCUUGUGGUGCCGGCGGUAAAGAGUUACUUUUUCAAGUUGGCCCUAAUCAUCCUUGGCUUUUAGAGGCAUACUCAGAUUCAGUUCCUUAUCCACUAGCAUCAUCAAUUGCUCAAGAAAUAUUUCAAAGUGGGAUUAUUCCAGGAGAUACAGAUUAUAGAAUAUUUCGUGACUUUGGACGUAUAUCUGGUCUUGAUUUUGCUUGGUCUGCUAAUGGUUACGUAUACCAUACUAAAUUAGAUACUGUUGAUAAAAUUCCCCUUGGAACUUUUCAAAGAACUGGUGAUAAUAUGUUGCCAUUAAUUUUAAAUCUUGUGAAUUCAGAUAAAAUUUCUAACAUAGAAAAAUAUAGUGAUGGCAACUUGGUGUUUUUUGAUUUUUUGGGAAUUUUUAUAAUUCAUUGGAAUGAAGUAGUAUCAGACAUAUUUAAUAUAAGUGUUAUUAUUAUUUCGUUUUUAGUUAUUGUUUAUAAUGCUAACCAUAAUAAUAUUAAUGGGUUUACUGCUAUAGAUUACUUGAAAUCUUCAUUAAAGUGCUCAAGCAUAGUAAUUUUAUUAUGGCUGGCAACAUUAAUAACGGUUGCCUUAAUGUCUUUAUUUAUAGUUUUAUUGAAUCAUUGUCUUAGCUGGUUUUCUCAACCAAUCUGGCUAUUUUUUUUGUAUGUCAUUCCUACAAUGUUAGUGCCAAUAUUAUUGUAUAAGCUGUUGGGACAAAAAUAUUUAAAAGUUUCAAAAAAAAAUGUAUUUUUAACCAAUUUUUCAAUUUAUUGCAUUACUCGCGAUGGCAAUCAACUGUUAUCUAUAAUAAUACUUUUGCUGUGUGUAUUAUGUCAAGUAAGAUCUGGAUUUAUAGUUGCAAUUUUUAUUUUAUGCAAUACUAUAAGUACCAUUUUACAAAAUAAGUUACAGAAGAAUUCGGACAGUCAUAAAAUGUUUUGGCUACAUAUGGGAUGUAUGAUUAUUCCUUUCAUUUUAUCUGCAUAUAUGAUAAAUGCAGCACUCGUGCUAGUUGUCCCUAUAAUGGGUCGAUCAGGUUCUGGAAACCAUGCAGAAACCGUUAUGUCAUUUAUAACGUCAGCAAUGUUUACUCUUGUGUAUAGUUUUUAUAGUCCCUUGAUAUUUUUACUUCGCAAAACAUUUACAGUGUUUAUUACAUUAGCACUGAUACUUUUAGGUUCUAUAUUUGUCUUAAUUUUUACUCCAUAUGGAUUUCCUUACUCUGGGGAACAUGAUAAUUUAGCUCCUCAGCGAUUUAUGGUGGCACAUGUUGAACGGAGUUUUUAUAAUUACAAUGGUACUUUACGUGAUAUUCAAAAUGGUAUAUGGAUUGUAGACUUAGAUGUUAAUAGUCCUUACUCAAUUCAAAACUAUGUACCCGAAAUAAAUAGUGCACGCAAGAUUGGCCAUGAGGAAUGUAGUAAAGAGCUGUACUGUGGUUUACCAUAUUUCAUGCCAGUUAUUUCAUUCAUUUGGCAAACACAUUGGAUUGAUUCGGAACCAUUAGAUGUUAAAAUUCCCUUACAUUUAAAACUGACUUAUAGAGAUCAGAGAUUGAACAAUAUUCAGAGACUUACAUUUUCAGUUGUUGGUCCAGAUCAUAUAAUUUUAGUUAUAUCUCCUUAUAGUAAUGUUAAACUGAAAGACUGGAGUUUAAGUACUGAUAAACCACUCCAAGGACCUAAAUGGAAUGAACAGCAAACUUUUUUUGUUUAUUACUCUUGUGCUAAUGAUAUUAUGCCGUGGGACUUUUGGAUUGACCUUGAGGUACCAGUGAACCAUGUUGGUCCUCAAAUUGAAGUAGGAAUUUCAGGACACCGUAUGCAUGGGCCACAGCAAAUUUCACCCCAGUUGAAUACAUUUUUAAAGAAACUGCCUAAUUGGACUACAAAUACUGGUUGGACUUCUUCAUAUAAAGCUUAUACUUUAUAAUUAAAAAAAAAAGUUUUAAUAUGCAUAAUCAUCAACUAGGUAAUCAAUAAUAGAUAAUUAUUGAUUUGUGAUAAUUUUAUAGUAUAGGGAUAGUUGAAUAAGUCAGUCAGUUAUUUCUAUUGAACAAUU